AUGCCCCAGGGUACUUCCAUGGACGGUAUUACGGAGGCUCAGUACAUCGAAUUCCGUGCAUUUUGCGAUGCUGGCGGCAAUGUGGCCGACCUUUGGAAAGGCAACCUGCGUCAUGCUAAUUCCCAGGACGUCUUCUCUCCUCGAGUUACGACAAUCGUGGAGACUGUGAGAGGGAUCGCAACCAACUAUCCCGGAGAGGGGAUAGUCAUCAUGUCGGCUUCUCUCCUACUCCUCGAUGUCGUCGCCGAGGCCUUGGCCCGUACGGCCUCCACAAACGCCCUCUUCAACUUCUCUGUCAAUGAGGCUAAUGGAACACAGGGCGUUCAAGACAGGACAAGGAUCAUCAGGAACUUCAACGACAGCACGGGCACCAGAGUGCUACUUGUCACUGCUGGAGUUGGCGGAGGCGUUCUAUAA